GUCCGUCGCACUAAUAUGACGCACUGUGUUACGACAUCAACACCCGACGCACAACCACAAGAAACCAACAGCAACAAUGCUUUUCUACUCGUUUUUCAAGUCGCUGGUGGGGAAGGAUGUGGUGGUGGAGCUCAAGAACGACCUGAGCAUCUGCGGGACGCUUCAUUCUGUCGACCAGUACCUGAACAUCAAGCUCACAGACAUCAGCGUCACUGAUCCAGAGAAAUAUCCACACAUGCUGUCUGUGAAAAACUGUUUCAUCCGUGGAUCUGUGGUCCGGUACGUUCAGCUACCUGCAGAUGAAGUGGACACUCAGCUCCUGCAAGACGCUGCGCGAAAAGAAGCAAUACAGCAGAAGCAGUGAUGGACGGGGGGUUUAGUCUGGGGUGGGCAGUGGGUGGCGGGGUGGGAAUUUUUUGUGAUGGCUAAUAAUAAGUAGUUUUGAGUUAAAGAUGAUACAGUUUGUGCAGCUCUUGUAAUCGAGCAGUAUUGGUCAUUUUCCUGUGCUUUCACAGAGAGCUUAAUUGCAUUCCUGACAUUAGUGAUGAAUAAUUUUCCAAACGGUAAUUAUUGGAAAUGGCCGUCACCUCACAGGCCGCACAGGAGGCUUCAUUUGAUACUGUAUUAUGUUUUGUUUUAAAAGAAAUAGACCUAAAUUCAUGUUUGAGCCCAGUAGAGGUGAAGAUCUGUUGUAGUGUUUCUGUUGCAUAAUACAAGCACUGUUGCUUAUCUUUAAAAAAAAAUAAAAUUAUGACUUCUUUUUUUUUUUUUUUAAUGUCAUUUCAAAAUAAAAAAACUAUUUUAUUUACAUAUUGAUCAUGUCAUUGUCAUUUACAGGGAUGUUUAUGUAGUUUUACCAGUGAAAAAUGUUUAAUUAUUUUAGUUUUGGCCUUUAAAAUAUUGAAGAAAGUUAUUUUGUAUAUGACUGCAUUCAUGGGAAAUAAAAAUGAAAGUCCCGUGGCCUCAUUGUGCUAGUUAUCAAAAUCAGAAUAUCAGCAUAACUUAAAAUAUGUGAGGAUGAUAGUGAAGACAUGAUGCACCAUAAAGUGUCCUCUGGAUGUGCUGUAGAAGUUCAAUGUGACAUGUAGAAUCGUUUAAUUCUUAUUAAUUAUUCAUAAUUUUUUACCUAUAUUUACAGGUACUCUAUUGGUCCAUUUUGGCUUCCAUAUUACAAAUUGAAACGCACUUUUAUGUUGUUUUCUGGUGUAAUGUUGUCCUAUGGAAGGCCUGGAAAGUUGUCUGACUGGACCCUGAAAUGGUUUAAUAAAUGGUGAAUUAAAAAAAACAAAGAUAGAUAUUAGGGCUGUACUGAAAGUCUUCUUUUUAACUUCUUUUUAAAGCUUCUAAUGAGGUUUUCGAAUGAAGCAUCUGAUGUCAACACCCAAAAAAUCGUUUAAAAA